AUGUACAACAGCGUCCGGCUGCAGCUCCCCAUCUCGCUGUUGUUGCCACUGCUGGGUAUCGUUCUGCCGCUGCUCAACUUUCUAAUUUUCGGGCACGCGCUCCUGCACGCGGUGCCUACAGCGGUGACGAAGAUGGUCACCACGCUCCCUCUCGUGCUGCUGCUGUUCGUCGAGACCAUCGUGCUGACGCUGUCGUCGAUGCUGUUCGCGACGCCGCUGUCGUCGUGCCGCUUCGAGCGGCGGUGGAACGAGCUGUUCCGCGCGAAGGAGGGCGAGACCAUCCGCGGCAUCCAGGAUAAUCUCAGCUGCUGCGGUUACCGCACCGUCACCCACAUGGCAUAUCCGUUCCCGCCGAGGAAUGUCACCUCGUGCAGUGAUGCGACCGGAAGGACAAAGGCGUGCUCCGUCCCGUGGAUGCAGGCGGGCGCUAGCACUGGUGAGAUGCUGUUUGCGAUUUUUGCGCUGCUUGCGGUUUUUAAGGUCGUCGCGUUGAUCGCUAUUCAACGUCACACCGAGGAACUCGCGCGCGCGGCCAAGUCGGCGAGCCGCGCUAGGAUAUCGGAGGCUGGCCGCGUCGAGGAGGAGGAGGCGGAUGAUGAGUCCUUGGACGAGGAGGAGCAUAUCCCCCGUGAGCCACGGAAUGGCCACAGGGCGAGUGAGCGCACGCCGUUGAUGGUGGGUCACUCGCCUUGGGCCGAGGAGAACGAGAGGGACGAGGAGAACGAGAGGGACGAGGAGGAGAGGGUCAGGGAUAGGAAUAGAGAGAGGGUGAUGGCGCGGUAG